AUGGGACGUGAAGAUGACACAUGCACCAUUUAUAUUGAACACCCUCCUUUAACGGAGAGAUCCAAAAUGCCUUUAAAGGUGAAUUGGGUUAUACCUCAUGAUUAUAGAGGGCUGUAUUUGGGAAUGCGGAUCCGAGAUCCGGACCGGGAUCCGGACUGGUGGAACUGGUCCAAUGGACCGACCGAAAUAGUGAAUGGGAUGGAGACAACGGAUGGAGGUAAUUUAGAGCUUGGUGAGAUGAUGGAUAUGGAGGUUCCAGUUCCGAGUGAUACAACUACUCAAACCAACCCCACUGAUGAUACUACUACUCAGACCCCCACUCAAAAUACUACAAACACAAACACUGAUGCUUCAACCCCUCAAGUUGCCCAAGCUCAGAGUUCCCAGAGUCCAGAUGGCAUUAAGAAGUGGAAGUGCAGAUGGUGUGGAAAGCUUUACACAUAUGAUGCAAAGUGGAAGAGUACCUCUAAUGGUAAGAAACAUUUAGAUGCCUGUAUUCAGAGAAGGAUAAUGUUGAAAGGAAAUAAUGAGAAAGAGUUUGCUCAAUCUAGAUUAAACAUAGGUGAUAAUACUCCUAGUUUAGCUACUUGGACAUAUAAUCAUGCUAGGGUUAGAGAAAUUGCAGCACACAUGAUUCUAGGUCAUGAAUUUCCUUUUUCUGUUAUGGAAGGUGUUAUUUUUAAUGAGUUUCUAAAAGAGAUUUAUCCAUGGUGCAAAAAUAUUACUAGGCAACAGGUUAUGUUUGAUUGUGAGACAUUUUAUGAGGCUGAGAGAAUUAAAAUGAAAAGGUCUAUGGCUUUGAUUAACAGGGUCAGUCUCACCACUGACUUGCAGUGGUCUGGUGAACAGAGGAUAGGCUAUAUGACCGUGACUGGUCAUUUCAUUGAUUCAAAAUGGCAGCUUCAUAAAAGAGUUUUAUCUUUUAAGAAUGUGCCAUCACCAUAUUCUGGAGAGGUUUUGUGCAGGGUACUGAUAAAGGUAAUGGAUGAUUGGGGAAUAAGGGAUAAGGUAGCAUCUAUUUCUGUUGAUAAUACCAGUGCCAAUGAUAAAUGCAUUGCUAGGUUGAAGAGAGAUUAUUCUGGUAGGAGAAAUUUACCCUUAGAUGGUAAGUUAUUUCAUGUAAGGUGUUGUGCACACAUCUUAAAUUUGUUGGUGCAGGAUGGGCUUAAUAUGAUUAAGGUGUAUGUUGAUAAGAUAAGAAAUGGUGUCAAAUACUUGCUUAAUUCUGAAACAAGAUGCAAAUCAUUCAAAAAGAUUGUUGAUGAGUUGCAACUUGAAGGCAGAAUGCAAGUGUUGGAUACAAAGACUAGGUGGAACUCAACUUGGUUGAUGUUGUCUACUGCAUACCAUUACAGAGAAGUGUGGCCUAGAUAUGCUGAGGAAAAUGGUGCAUUUCUCAGUUUUUUGCCUGAUGCAAAUGAUUGGGAAGAUGUUCAUGAUAUUUGCAAGUUUUUGGAGGUUUUUGCUGAUGUGACAUCAAUUAUUAGUGGCACAUCUUACCCUACUGCUAAUCUGUUUUUGUCUGAGCUUUACAGAGUGAAGGUUUUACUUAAUAAUCCUUCAAGUAUCUCACAUAAUCCUCAGUUGCAGGCCCUUGCUAGUGAAGUGAAGUUGAAAUAUGACAAAUAUUGGUCAGAGUCUAAUACAUUGAUUUCGAUUGGUGCAGUUCUUGAUCCAAGUUGCCUUGCUGCUGGUUGUGGUUUAAUAGCCUAUGAUGGAACCAAUGAUGCAACUACCCAUACUGCUGCAUCUGAAUCUCCAGAAGUAGGAUCUACUUCUGGAUUGGGAAGGAGGAACUUUGAAAUGUUUUUAGAAACUGUUGUGGGUAAUAAUUUCAAAACUGAUCUUGAAUUAUAUUUUGAGGAGUCUCCUUUGAAAGUUCUCCCUAAUGCUAAAUUUGAUGUUUUAACUUGGUGGGUGGGAAAUGAAGCCAAAUAUCCUGUUCUUAGUAAAUUGGCAAAGGAUAUCCUAACUGUUCCAGUUACUACUGUUGCUUUAGAAGCAACUUUUAGUGCUGGGAAAAGGAUUAUUAAUCCGAAAAGAUCUUCUAUGAAAACUAAGACAGUUGAAAUGGUGCUUUGUGGAGGUGAUUGGGUGAAGGAGAAAUAUGGAAUAAAGAAGGGGUGCACUGCUUCUAUUCUUGAGGAACCACAAGAUGAACCUUUGACAUAUCAUUUUGAUGAAGAUUUGGGUGUUUCAUCUACUGCUGCUGCAACUUGA